UAGUGGGCUAAGACAGCCAGUCGCCACCGACGACGACGACGACGAGAGAGAGACGCUACCGAGAAUUUUUUUUCUAAAUUAAAAUUGCAUUUUCGAACCCUAUUUAAUAUCAUUUUAAGUGCAAUAUCGCCCAUAACCCACCAGCCAACGGGCUCCGAUCGGAAAAUCUAUAAAGAUCGAAGGCAUUUUCGGCCAAUAUUCGUGCGAACAAAUUCAGUGGAAAGCAUACAAAAAAAAUUCCAACAAUGCGCAGCACAAUACCAAUACACACACACGGUGGUGGUGCUGCUGCUGCCUGAAAUUUCUUUAUGCCAAAGAGUGUACGCAAAGGGCAGCGGGCAAAAGAGAAACAGCGGAGGAAGAAAAAAAGAGAAAUCUAAACGUUGGGUCUAGAGUCCACAUUCACAUAUCACAUAUCCGGCGGGAGGUGGUGGCAUGCCGUAGCAUCGUCUGCGGCCCGCAAUAGCAGCAGCAGCAGCAGAAGCAACGCGCCUCAUGGAUUCAUAUCAUCAUAUCAGACAUCAUUAUCCACCCACAAGCACCACAGCCACGUCGGGAGGGGGGGUUGUGGGCAGCACGGCCAUCAAUCGUCCGGAGUUGCAUCAAAAAUGCAACAGAGGAUCGCAUUCGAGUGACACUAGUUCUGCGUACAGCGGCAGCGAUACCAUGGCCUCAAACUAUGCCUCAUCGCUGGAGGCCGAAGAGAUCGAUCUCUCCGGCCUGGUGGAGUCCGUUGUGGACUCGGACGAGGAGGAUCUCGCAGAGAGUAUGGAUAGUCUAAAUGUGCGGGAUGCGGUGCGAGAUUGUUUGGAAAAGGAUCCCUCGGAGCGCAGCGAAGACGAUGUGGAGAUUCUGUUGGAGUUCACCCAAGGCCUGAAGGCCUUUACGAACAUCACCCUGGCCGUGCGGCGGGCCCUCUGCUCCGUGAUGGUCUUCGCUGUGGUGGACAAGGCCGGCACUGUGGUCAUGUCGGAUGGCGAGGAACUCGACUCGUGGUCGGUGCUGAUCAAUGGAGCGGUGGAGAUCGAACAUGCGAACGGAACACGCGAGGAGCUGCAGAUGGGCGACUCCUUCGGGAUCCUGCCGACGAUGGACAAGCUCUACCAUCGCGGAGUGAUGCGCACCAAGUGCGAUGACUGCCAAUUCGUGUGCAUCACACAGACGGACUAUUAUCGCAUCCAGCACCAGGGCGAGGAGAACACACGCCGCCACGAAGACGAGCAGGGACGGAUCGUAAUGGUCACGGAGCUGCGGUCCAUUGGCGGCAGUGGUGCAGAGGCUACCAGCGGAUCAAUGACAAGUGCGGCAGCCUCGCUGAACAUGAAACGUGGCCAUGUGGUCAUCCGUGGCACCCCCGAGCGACUGCUGCAGCAGCUCGUGGAGGAAAACUCGAUGACAGAUCCCACCUAUGUGGAGGAUUUCCUUCUCACGCACCGCAUUUUCAUCCACAACCAACAGGAGGUGACCGCCAAGCUGCUCCAUUGGUUCGACCUGGAGCAAAUGGACUCCCACAAGACGCAGGAGCUGCGGGAUCGCGUCACCCGCGUGGUCCUCCUUUGGGUGAACAAUCACUUUACGGACUUCGAGGCGGACCACGAGAUGAUGGAGUUCUUGGAGAUCUUCGAGGCUCUGCUGGAGCGCAAGAAGCUCCUCAGUCAGCUGCGACUCCUCCACAUUGCCUGUGCCGCCAAGGCACGGAUGAGGAGCUGCACGUUGACGCGCUCUUCCCGCGACGAGGCCCUCAAUUUCCAGAUCAUUGGCGGCUACGAGCUGAAGGGCGUGGCAGCGGCCACUGGGAAUGCCGCUGUUGGGAUCUACAUCUCGCACGUGGAGCCUGGCUCCAAGGCCCAGGACGUGGGCCUCAAGCGGGGCGAUCAGAUCCACGAAGUGAACGGCCAAUCCCUGGAUCAUGUGACCAGCAAGCGAGCCCACGAGAUCCUCACGGGCACCACGCACUUGAGCAUCAACGUGAAGAGCAAUCUGCUGGGCUUCAAGGAGAUCAUGCAGGCCCUCGAGCAUGGCGGCGGCAGUGCCUCGGGCGCUGGCGGCAUAUCCUCGGGCAGCGGCAGCUUCAAGGUUCUGCGCAGUCCGCGACGCAUCUGCGCCAAUGACAUUGCCAAGCUGCACGGCCGGUCCGACAGCACCACGGACGAGCUAACGAACGCCAGCAAUCGUGCCCACAUGGUGCGCCUCAGCUCCGUGGAUAUGCUGCUCGACCAGCCCGACUGUGCCCCGCCCCAGACGCCGCCAGUGAGUGGUGGCGGGGGCGGCAGCAUGGCCUCCAAUUUCAUGGCACAGCUGCUGCAGAGCGUCAACAAUAGCUCAGCGAAAAAGGGCUCCAACGGCGAUCCGCAGGACACAAAGGGGGGAUUCAUGACUCUGGCGCCCAAGCGACGCCUGCAGAAGGCUCUGGCAAAAAUGAAUCUCUUGAACAAGCAGCAGCAUCACGUGGGCAGCCUGAACGACUCUUCGGAUACGCUGCUGAACGAACCAGCCGCGCAGACUGGUCCCAAGGCCAAGAUAUCGUCCGCCAGCUCGGGCAGCAGCUCCACCCAGUCCUCGAUCAAUGGCUGUGUGGCCAGCAUCAGCAGCGGCAGGCUGUAUCAAUCGCAAUCGAAUCCGGACCUGACGAGCCUCAACUACGAUGGCGGCAGCGACGGUGCGGCCAUGCUGCAGGUCAACUAUCUGGGGGCACAUCUGCACCAUCGCCCCUCGGCAGCCUCAACGCUUACCACGACCUCCACGCAGUCGCAUAUGCUCCCCGACUACCCGGAGCACGUCCUGAAGGUCUACAAGGCGGAUCAGACAUGCAAGUACGUUCUCAUCUACAAGGAGACCACCGCCCAUGAGGUGGUGAUGCUGACACUCCAGGAGUUCGGCAUCCACGAUCCCAGCUCGAAUUUCUCGCUGUGCGAAGUGAGUGUGGGCGAGGGCGGAAUGGUAAAGCAGCGACGGCUGCCCGACCAGCUGCAGAAUCUCGCCGAAAGAAUCAGCUUUGCGGCACGCUACUAUCUGAAGCUAAACGACAGCACGGAGCCCCUGGUGCCCGACGAAUUGGCCCUGGAAUUGGUGCGGGAAUCAGGUGUGCAUUUCCUCCACCUGAAUGCCUACGAGUUGGCCAUCCAGCUGACGCUUCAGGACUUUGCCAACUUCCGCCAGAUCGAGUCCACCGAGUACGUGGAUGAACUCUUCGAGCUGCAGUCCAAGUAUGGCGUGCCGAUGCUCAGCAAAUUCUCAGAGCUGGUGAAUCGCGAGAUGUUCUGGGUUGUCAGCGAGAUCUGUGCCGAGCACAACAUCGUGCGGCGCAUGAAGAUCGUGAAGCAGUUCAUCAAAAUCGCGCGCCACUGCAAGGAGUGUCGGAACUUCAACUCCAUGUUCGCCAUCAUUUCGGGGCUGGGACAUGGCGCUGUAUCGCGGCUGCGGCUCACGUGGGAGAAGCUGCCCUCGAAGUACCAGCGGCUGUUCAAUGACCUGCAGGACCUCAUGGAUCCCUCGCGGAAUAUGAGCAAGUACCGGCAGCUGGUCUCCGCGGAGCUGCUGGCCCAGCAUCCCAUCAUCCCAUUCUACCCGAUUGUGAAGAAGGAUCUGACAUUUAUUCACCUGGGAAACGAUACGCGUGUCGACGGAUUGAUCAACUUUGAGAAGCUGCGAAUGCUGUCCAAGGAAGUGCGCCUGCUGACGCACAUGUGCAGCUCCCCCUACGAUCUGCUGGCCAUCCUGGAGCUCAAGGGGCAGUCCCCCUCGAAUGCCCUCUUCUCGCUCAAUCAGAUGUCCGCCUCGCAGAGCAACGCGGCCGCUGGCACAGUGAUAGCCGCCAACGCGGGCCAGGCGACGAUCAAGCGAAGGAAGAAGUCCACGGCGGCCCCCAAUCCCAAAAAGAUGUUCGAGGAGGCCCAAAUGGUGCGCCGUGUGAAGGCGUACCUCAACAGCCUGAAGAUACUCAGCGACGAGGACCUGCUGCACAAGUUCUCCUUGGAAUGCGAGCCCGCACAGGGCUCCACCUACUCGGGCAGCAUUUCCCAUGGCAACACCUCGCAUCGGAGUGGCGGGGGAGGCAGCUCCAGUGGCGGCGCCGGUGGCGUAAGCAUCGCUGGGAGUAUGGGGGCCGGCAGCUCUGGUCUGAAUGCCGGCGACCAGCUCAGCAUUUACUCGCACACCAGCUCCAGUUCGGCGCCCAACUCCUCGCUCUCCCUGCGGAAGCGCCACCCCAGUUCGCCCACCCUCUCCACCACCAGCUCGACGAGCUCCACCAGCGACAACCAGCGGCGCCAGCAGCUGCAGAACAACGGGCCCAAGUUCGGAACGGCCUCGCCGCAGGCCGUCAAAAAGAUGCUCUCGCUCUCGGAAUCAUCCAAGAUCCGGCCUCACCAGCCAUUCAUCCCGCGCCACAACUCAGCGCUUCCCGGAGUCAUCCCACCCCUCCAUCAUCUACAUGCGGCGCACGGCUUUGCGACGCCUGUGGCAGGGAGUACGGGCGUCGGAACGGGCUGCACAUCGCCAGCCACAGCUGCUGGAGUGGUCGCCGCCUCUCAGUGCACCCCGAGUCCUAGUCCCUGUUCACAUCGACGCCUGGCUUCGGCAGGUAACAUAAUGCUGCCCGUUCGGGCCAUACAUGAGCGUUCGCAUUCGGACACGCCAGCACCGCCACCGCCGCUACCAUCGGUGGAUCUAUCGCUGGAGAGCAGUAGUGUGACUACCUUUCGUGAUCUACCCUUGCGCAAAUCCGUGACUUCCGGUUCCAUAUCGUCAUGCGACAGCGGCUAUGUGCAUCAGCAGCAGCAGCAACAGCAGGUGCACCACCACCAACAGCAACAACAACAACAACAACAGCACCACUUACAAUACCAACAACAACAACCACAACACACCAACCAUGAGCCAUCGCCGCCGGUUUACACGGCAGCCGAUUGUCGUCUCUUACAGCAGAUAUCGAAUAAUGCGGUCACCCGCAAUCUGAACAGUCCCUGCCAGAGCACAAAUCACACACCACCCAGCACGCCCACACCACCACCACAACCGACACAGACACAAGCAACGUCUCAGGCAGCAAUUGCAGGCGCCACACCCACCAUACAGCUUUCCGCACCACCAACCGCUGCGGCCUACAUGCACAUGCGGAGUCAACAACAACAGCAGCAGCAGCAGCAACAGCAGCUCCAACAGCAACAAUCUUUGGCCAUGCCACCGCCACCACCACCGCCGUACAAUGUGCCACCGCUGGCCAGUCUAUACAAUCAUCAUCAUAGCAGUGCGGCGGCCAGUAGGCACCUCAACCACAUGCAUGGUGGCCCGCCAAAUUUUAUGGAUAGCACCAAGUGUACCAUAUGCCCCAUGCCACCCAUGAAUCAAUAAUGAAAUCAAAUCAAAUUGUGCUGUUUUAACUACUAAAAUGUUAAUUUAAUUAGUUCAUAUAGUAGAGUUGCCAAAAUUUGUUAAUGGUUGUGUGGUUUCCAUUUCGCCAGCAAAAAAAACCCAAGAAUGAAAGACAAACAGAGACCCCUUCUUCGGAGGAGGAGUAGCAUCCCAAAAGUGAGAGAGAGACGAGUAACUGGAAGCCAAUUGUGUCGCGUAUUUAAUUUAGAAUAUAGCUUAAGUGUCUUACAGUAUAAUUUUAGUUGCUCUAGUGGCUUACGAUUUAUAAUUUAAUUUAGCAAAAUUCUUUGUACACAAGGUCCCGCCCCAAACAAGCAAACAUUCACCGCCUCCGAGCGCUUAGUCGUUGCCUUUUCUUGUAGAAGAAAACGUCGUCUGCAGGCAGACCCCACCACCCAAGCAGAAACCCAAAAUCAAACUCUUUUGAAGACUUCAACGUCGGCAUUUACAGACAAAGCAAAGCAGAAUUUUCCGAAUGCCCAGCACAACACAACGAGGACGAUCCACACGCAAAUUAAAACAGAAAAAGAGGACGGUCUAGAGAGCACUUACUCAAACACACACACACACAGGGGCUCUCUCGUGAAUUCCAUUAAUGUAUACUUCUUUUUUAUGCUUAUGUACAAGUUAGUUAUACUAUAUACAUACUACUUAUAUACGAUAUACUAUAUACACGCUGAAAAACCUUCGCUCCAAUUCCAAAUAUUUAGUUUGUAAGCCCAAAAGUAAGAGACAAAGAGAGAGAGAGAAAAUGAUUUCGAAUAUUUUUCCAAUCAUUCGUUGUAUUUAUGCGUAUUUUUUUUUGCGAAGGUAGGAUACGGAUACGGAUACGAAAUGAAAGACAAAAUGCAAUACCGACCUAGACUCUAGCCCACACACAUGAAAAAUGAGAAAAUCAAAGUACAACUACACCCGAAAUACCAACCGGAAACAUAAGUUUAUAUAAAAGACAACAAAGAAACAUAAACAACCCUGAGACUUGAACGCAGCAUAACCGAAAUGUAAUCAUUUUUUGACUCCAAUAUAAAUCUACAAUACAAGUAUAUAUACUAUAUAUUUUUGGUGUGUGCAUGAUUGCCUGUUAUAUACAUAGAAUAUAUACAAUAUAUAUAUAUAUAUACAUAUAUACAAACCUAUAUACAAGAAAUCUCUAUACCAUAUUUAUGUAUACAAAAACACAACCUGAACAAAAACUAGCCUGAAUUCCAAUGCAAAAACCAAUUUAUGUUUUGCUAAAGACGAAAGAAAUUCGAAUCAGAAAUACUUUAAGAAAUGUUUACUUUUUUUAUACGAUGCACAUUUUGUUUUAUCUGAGGCUAUCUGAUGGAUAGCGAUCGUUCCGUUCUAAACCAUCCUGACUAUGGAGGCAGCCCAACGAUCGACAGACAUCUAAAUAUUAACAGAGUUGAAAUCCGAUCUAAAAGCAUUUAAAUUCCAGAGACAAACAAAUUUCCAGAGAAAAAAAUUAAGGAAAAAUCUCUUAAGCAAGCUCUUUUAGUCUAUUAAGUUCUAAGCGCCCCUCGGUCGCUUGGGCUGGCGGAGAGCUGAGGUUUUACCACUUGAUAGGUGGAUCUGUCUACUCUGAUUCACAAAUUUCGUAAAAUGUUUCGUAUAAACAAAGUAAAUAUUUAGCUAAAGACAGAAAUAUUAUAAUUGUAUACAUCGUGCUCUUUGUAUCUUUAAUUAAGUUUAAAUUUGAGUAUAGUCUUGUAUUCUUUGAGUAUCGGACAUAAAAACCAAUCUCCAAUUUGCUUGUUUAAGAACCUUACAAGAAGGUUAUCCAAACAAAACUCAAAUACUGUAAUAAAAAACCACAAAAAUCAAAACCAAA